AUGCCUCUAUGCAAAGUGCUUAUGGUGGCAGAAAAGCCUUCUUUGGCUGAAGCCUUAAGUAAACUACUUGCACCAGGUGGUCAGUUUACUACUCAUAAACACGCUACGUCUAUUCACGAAUGGAAAGAUAAUUUCCAAAACGAGCCAGCUGAAUAUCGCUUUACUUCAGUCACCGGCCAUGUCUAUGGUCUCGACUUUACAGAAAAGUAUAAUUCGUGGUCCAUUGACCCCGUCAAGCUAUUUGACGCUGAAACAAUCAAACAGGAAUCAAACCCUAAAAUGAGAUUAACUCAGCACUUACGGGCAGCUGCUAAAGGAGUAGAUUAUCUCGUACUUUGGCUUGAUUGUGACCGAGAAGGAGAAAAUAUUUGUUUUGAAGUGAUUGAGAAUUGUUUGCCCUCCAUGAAUCAUCCACAGAAAGGUGGGAAAAUGUCUCAUGUUUAUCGAGCCAAGUUCUCAGCCAUCACAAAAGAAGAUGUAAGAAAAGCCAUGAAGAACUUGGGUAAACCCAACGAGAAUGAAGCCAAAGCUGUGGAUGCUCGACAAGAGAUUGAUUUGAGGACUGGUGUGGCAUUUACUCGCUUUCAGACUCGAUUUUUUCAAGGAAAGUAUGGUAAUUUGGAUUCUACUGUGAUCAGUUAUGGUCCUUGCCAGACACCCACUUUGUCGUUUUGUGUGGAACGUCAUGACCGCAUUCAAGGAUUUCAGCCUGAGCCAUUUUGGUCUGUCAGUGUAACGGUUCGUAAAUCAGAGACACCUUUGAAAUUAUCUUGGUCAAGAGAAAGAGUUUUUGAUCGGCAGGUGGGAACUAUGUUUGUGAAUAUGGUGACAGAUUCCAAAUCAAAAGGAGCCAAAGUCUUAAAUAUCAAUAUACAAAAGAAGUCAAAGCCUAGACCACAUGCAUUAAACACCGUUGAAAUGUUAAAGCAUUGCUCUACUGGUCUCGGUAUGAGUCCUAGUGAAUGUAUGAGUGUUGCUGAGCGAUUGUAUAUGCAAGGAUACAUUUCAUAUCCUCGUACAGAAACAUCCAAGUAUCCAGACAACUUUGACUUAGAUAGUGUUCUUCGCGAGCAAUCCUCACAUUCUGAUUGGGGAAGCUACUGUACUGAUCUCCUUAAUAACAAAUACGAUAGACCUUCUGGAGGUACCGAUAGCGGUGAUCACCCUCCUAUUACACCUACACGCUUAGCUCAUGAAGGUGAAUUACCAGGAAAUUCAUGGAAAUUAUACGACUUUAUUGUUCGUACAUUUAUCGGUUCACUCAGUUCAAAUAUGAAAUACAAUACAACAAGUGUUACUUUUGAUAUUGGAGGUGAAGUCUUUGAAUGCAAAGGCACUAAAAUGUUAUCACCUGGCUUUACUUCUGUUAUGCAUUGGAUUAGUACAUCCGAUGAAUACAUUCCUGAUUUUAAGGAAGGAGAAGUGCUUGAUGUUCUUGAUGUAAAUUUAGUCGAAGGCAAGACGAGUCCACCAGAUUAUUUAACUGAAGCCGAGCUCAUUGGAUUAAUGGAACACCAUGGCAUUGGUACAGAUGCUUCUAUUCCUACACACAUCAAUAAUAUUUGUCAAAGAAACUAUGUGCAAGUUUCUGGUGCUAAGCGUUAUUUGAUUCCUACAAACCUUGAAAAGAUUGAUCCAGAACUUUCACUGCCUACUAUGCGUUCAGAUAUGGAACAGCAGUUAAGUUUGAUUGCUUCUGGAAAGGCCUCCUACAACCAAGUCCUUGAGUAUUUCCUCAAGAUGUUUGAAAAAAAGUUUGUUUAUUUCACAAACCAGAUUGCAAAUAUGGAUGAGCUGUUUGAAGCCACUUUCUCUCCAUUGGCAGCAACCGGGAAACCAUUAUCCAAAUGUGGUAAAUGUAAAAGAUAUAUGAAAUAUAUUUCUUUGAAGCCAAACCGAUUGCAUUGUGCAACUUGUGAUGAAACAUAUUCACUUCCUUUGAAUGGCCAUAUUAAGCUUUACAAGGAACUUACUUGCCCUCUUGAUGACUUUGAACUUGUGCUUUACUCUACUGGCUCAAAAGGAACUGGGUAUCCCAUUUGUCCAUGUUGUUACAAUAAUCCUCCAUUUGAGAACUUUCAAAAAGGUAUGGCUUGUAAUCACUGCCCACAUCCAACAUGCACACAUUCUAUGGUCACAAAUGCCAUAUGUCCUUGUCCUGAAAGUGAUAAUGAAAAAGACCCUUGUAAGGGUUCUUUGAUUUUAGAUGCUACAUCAGCCCCUCGAUGGAAACUAAGCUGUAAUGAAUGCAAUGUUGUAUCUUCCUUUGUAGACACUGUCAAAAAUGUUAUCAUACAAAAGGACGUAUGUGAAUGUGGCUCGGUCUUACUAAAAGUAGAGUUUCGUGAAAAUCAAAAUCGUGAACCACUAUUAGGCUGCGUCAUGUGUGAUGAUGAAAUCGAGGGCUUGUUAGCAACAAGGUAUUAA